ACGUAGACUUAGCUUAGGUCGGGGCCCGACCGCCGCACGGCAUUAUUCGUUGUGACGCGGCCGCCGGCAGCCGACUGACUACUAAACGAUACUUGACGCUCUUCGAAAAACACAUCAAACAUGUCCAUCUCCGAGUUCAGACGGAAGAAGCUCCUCUAUGUCUUCAACGUUUUCUUUGAUGUCAAUCAGAGCGGUACCAUUGAACGAAAAGACUUCGAGCUGGCCAUAGAGAAAAUCUGCAGCCUUCGCGGCUGGAAGCCCGGCGAUGCCAAGCAUUCAGAGACGCACGAAGUUAUGAUCCAAGUCUGGGACGGGCUUAGAAAACGAGCUGACUCCAAUAAAGAUGGACAGGUAUCCGUAGAAGAAUGGGUGUCCAUGUGGAACGACUACGCGCAGAACCCCUCAGCAGCCCUGAAGUGGCAGCAGCAGUACUGCCACUUCAUGUUUCAGCUGGAGGACGCCAGCGCAGAUGGGACCAUCGACUGUGACGAGUUCACUACCGUGUGUUCGUCGUAUGGCAUCAACCCGCAGGAGUGUAAGGCCGCUUUUGGGAAGAUGGCUAAGGGCAAGGCGAACGUCUCCUGGGAGGAAUUCCAGGAACUUUGGAAGGAGUAUUUCUCCACCGAGGAUCCUAACGCACCAGGAAACUUCAUUUUCGGCAGAACCAGCUUCUAAAGGGAACCCGUGGCAAGAUCUAGAACAUUCCAUUUAGAUUCGAGGACCGUUUUAAAUCGAGUCCGACGCGGGCACAAUUGGAUUAAAUUUUCUGAAAUAAUGAACGC